CGUCGGAGUAAGUUACGGUGUGGCGCAGCAAGGUGGAGAAAAAACUGUGCACACCUGCACAUUUCGGCUCUUCGUCCGCCGCCGUUUCUCACUUAGCCAAGCCAAGUUUGGCCUGUACGAGGUGUUGAGCUAGUCAGAGUGUGUUAUGAGUGCAGCACCUCUUUAGCAGAUAGGCAGGCAAACUAGUAUGCCGCUUUCCGCGUCUGAACAAUAGCGCACAAGGGUAGUGCGAUUGAUUUUUUCCUGUAAAAACGCUCGCCUUCCCCGUGACGUCAAAGUUUGAUUAUCCCCCUCCUGACGAGCACCACCAGCGCCAUGGCUGUCGUAUCGGCAGCGAAAGCUUGCCGAGCUGUCGCACUGCUCCCGUUGCUCCUCCUCGUCGCCUUAACACUCUCCCCACUACCCUCUGCGCACGCGUCCGCCGGACAGACUCCAUGGGUGGGAACCGUGUCGCAGCACCUCGGUAACACUUCUAGCGCAGCGGACGUGGCUGCCAUCGCGGUGCCAAUGCGACACGUGUCGGUCGUUGAGGAUGAGGACGAGCCGGAAAUUGCGCGGCGAGAGAUGCUGGAGCCGACCGCGGCGACGGCGGCGAUGCAGUGCCUGAAGCCCACCGUGAAGGGGUUCGCGUCGUCCAUGCUCAUGGAACCAGGCCUCUUUCUCAACUGGAAGAUAACGAAGACGGGCGCAGUCGCCGUGGCUAUCCACGCCAAGGCGACGACGACCGCUGCGAGAGGCUGGAUCGCCGUAGGAUGGUCGGCGACGGGCCUCAUGUCGCCGGCCGAGGCGAUCGCGGGCAACCUGCCGCACGGCGGGUUACAGGGUUACAAGCUGAACACGUACACUUCGGUGGUUCCGACGAACAGCAUCGCGUUCAAGGGAAGGACGGUGUCCACCACUGCUGCGGGCACGGUGAUCAGUUUCAUUCGUCGGCCCGGCGACGGAGGCAAGGUGCCGGUGACGCUGCGCCAGCCAAACCGCCUCGUGUGGGCCUACUCUAACGACGGCACCAAGGCCGUUGGUUACCACGGCAGUAACGUUGGCGCGCUGACAGUCAUCUUCGCUUGUAACGGGGCGACGGGCAAAGUGCCGGGCAACCCCAACACUCCGCCCCCGCCGCCGUACAAGCCUCCGCCGAUCGUUCGGUCCAACAAGUGCCCGGUGUCGUCUCUCCCCGGCUUCAUCUACAUGACUGAUCUUGCGCCAGGCGUCGUGCUGCACUGGCGCCUGUAUCUGCGCAACGUGGUGGAGGUGGCGAUCGAGGCGAAGGCGGGCAGCGGGGCGGAGAGCGGGUGGCUCUCGCUCGGGUGGUCCGCCAAUGGGCGGAUGGGCGGGUCGGAGGCUAUUAUCGGAAAUAAAGGGGCGGGUGUACUGGGCGCUUAUGACAUCAUGGGCUACAGUAUGACCUCAAUACAGCCUAAGAUUUUGGCGCUGGGGGAUGCUGCUGCGGUGUACAAGAAUGGGCAAGGAUCGACAAUAAUGAGGUUCAGGAGAGCAAGGGGGAAGUUCAACCGGGUUGCGGUGAAUCCGUGGGGGAUCAACACGCUGGUGUGGGCCUACUCCAAGGACAACACCAAGACUUUCACCUACCACGGUGGUAACUGUGGCUGGCUCACAGUGGACUUCUCCUGCAAGGUGCCGCCAUACAAUCGCGGGCGGGGCGAGAAUGAGGGCAAUGAGGGGGAGUAUAACUAGCAGUUCAAGGCAUGAUGACUUGAAGCUAGAGUCAUGUGCCCCUCUGGUAAAAUGAGCUUAGUAAUUUCUUCAGUUAUUUUAAUGGUCUCUGUAGUUUACGUAUUAUAGGAUUGUGUUUAAGCCAUAACCUUUAAAACCACAGGCUAGAAUAGCACACCUGAGGAGCUCUUGAAAAAAUGUUUCGUUUAGGGGCAGACCCUUCGGUGCGUUUUCUAUUUCCGAAAUGGUAUGGGACCCGAAAUUGUCUGUAAUGCGAAGUAGCUUUGCU